AUGAGUUCGUACUUCGUGAACCCGCUGUACUCCAAGUACAAGGCGGCGGCCGCGGCCGCGGCGGCCGCGGCGGGCGAGGCCAUCAAUCCCACUUACUACGACUGUCACUUCGCGCCCGAAGUCGGCGGCCGCCACGCCGCCGCCGCCGCCGCCCUGCAGCUCUAUGGCAACAGCGCCGCCGGCUUCCCGCACGCGCACCCGCACCCGUCGCCGCCGCCCGCCGGGCCGGGGUGCGGUGGUGGGGGCGGCCCGGGCCCGGGCCAGGACUACUUCCACCCGGGCGGGGGCAGCCCGGCCGCAGCCUACCAUGCCGCCCCCCCCCCUACUCCGCAUCCUCCGCCUCCGCCUCCCCCCUGCGGCGGGAUUGCCUGUCACGGGGAGCCCGCGAAGUUUUACGGAUACGAUAACUUACAGAGACAGCCGAUUUUUACGACCCAGCAAGAGGCCGAGCUGGUACAAUAUCCUGACUGUAAAUCGUCCAGUGGUAAUAUUGGCGAAGACCCAGACCACUUAAAUCAGAGCUCGUCUCCUUCUCAAAUGUUUCCCUGGAUGAGACCACAAGCAGCUCCUGGUAGACGAAGAGGAAGACAAACCUACAGUCGUUUCCAAACCCUAGAGCUGGAAAAGGAAUUCCUUUUUAACCCUUAUCUGACCAGGAAGAGAAGAAUCGAGGUUUCCCACGCCCUAGCCCUCACCGAGAGACAGGUAAAAAUCUGGUUCCAGAACAGGAGAAUGAAAUGGAAAAAGGAGAACAACAAGGACAAGUUCCCGGUUUCCCGACAGGAGGCGAAGGAUGGGGAAACCAAAAAGGAAGCCCAAGAACUGGAGGAAGACAGAGCCGAAGGCCCAACAAAUUAACUUCUACCUUUAAAAUUUUACCACAGACUAUUAAAACUAAUGAUCAACAUAUGCUGGUGGACACCACCUAUUUUCUUUGUUGGAAAGGACUUUAUCUGUAUUUCAAGCUACCUUCAUGUCACUGCUCUCGAGGUUUCUGCGCUUUGAGAGGGAUUUGGGUGUUAAAGUUUCUAGUAUCGCAUAGAAGCAGCCCUUGAGCUGUCCUAUGUAAGGGUAAUUUGAUACUGACCUUGUAGCUAUAUUUUUAUAAUGGUAGUUUUUAAUGUCUGAGCUGGUGAUUUGCCUCAACAACGUAAACUUCCUAAUGAUUAGCACUAAAUAAUUGAAUAUAAAAUGCUUUAUUAAUCAGACAAGUGCACUUGAACAUUUUAAAUCUUUUCUUUAUGGUGAGUAAAUUAAAAGAAGUUUAUUAAUUUUUUAAAAAAAAUUAUGC